GGUUACAAGUUACACGUAAUUUACGCAGAUAUCCAAUACUUAGUAACCUGAACAAUGAUCGGAAUUACUACGUUUGAAAUAUUCACUUUUGAUUAAGUUUUCAGUGUGUAAAUUUACUACAACUGUGAAGGGAGUUGCUGAAGUGCAAAAAAUAUACUCGAGGACUGAUAGCUCUUCUGAAACGAUCUGUGCGAAAACAUUUCCUGUGCUGGUAUUGACCUUAUUUAUGCUGGCUCUUGAACCAAGGCUCAUAAGUUUUGAUUCCACUCUCACAUGAGAAAAAGUGCUUGUUGCGACCUCUAGCUGGCAUGUAGGUGGAUUCAGUGAUGACGUAUUCGAAUAACUGUUAGUUUAGUGUUCGAUCCCAAAACACUAAAACUUCCAGAAGAAUUAUCGUUUUGUUAUCCAGCGACUGUAACGUCAUGAAAGUGUUCAGACGAGGCCACCUCCGCGUGUUGACGUUAGGAGGCGUCGCGUUCCUCGUUCUCCUCUACGUUUACUUCCACUCCUCAUCCUCCGACUCCACGACGUCUCUCACCAACCCUGCGUCCAACAACGCGCUCGUCGUCGUCAGCGACGGCGACGCGGCACCCGCAGCGUCACCCGCCCGUAAGGACGUGGAGCUGAGCGGCCUGGCGGUGGCCGGGCAGAAGACUCCCAACGACCAGUGCCCCGCUCUGCGCUCCGCCGUCACCGACGUCAACACCGUCGCUCAGUUCCCGCUCUUCGAGUUCCAGCCUGCAUGGAUGCGCGGCAGGGAGUACUGGGACACGAACUUCGAGAAGCGCUACCUCAAGCGUCGCGCCAAGUGGCAGAAGCUUCCUCUCAAGGUAUUCCUGAUGCCUCACUCGCACAACGACCCUGGAUGGCUGAAGACCUACGAAGAAUAUUUCUUCCAGCAGAGCUCGAAGAUCCUGCAGAACAUGGUCACCAAACUCAUGCUCUACCCAAAAAUGACUUUCGUGUGGGCCGAGGUGUCUUUCCUCACGCUCUGGUAUGAAAGAGCGCACCCGACGAUGCGUCACCAGCUGCUGAGCCUGCUGAAGGAGGGGCGGCUGGAGGUGCUCACGGGCGGCUGGGUCAUGCCUGACGAGGCCUCCACGCACCUCUAUGCCCUCGUCGACCAGAUGGUCAUAGGCCACCAGUGGCUGAACCGAACCCUGGGCAUUAAGCCUGCGCACGGCUGGUCCAUCGACCCGUUCGGCCACGGCGCGGCCGUGCCGUACCUGCUGCACGAGGCAUCCAUCUCAGGCACGGUCAUCCAGCGCAUCCACUACGCAUGGAAGCAGUGGCUGGCGGAGCAGCAACUCGGCGACUUCAAGUGGCGCCAGACGUGGGAUGCGGACGGCGACGUGGACAUCCUCGUGCACAAUCGUCCAUUCGACAUCUACAGCAUCAAACACUCGUGUGGUCCGCACCUGCAGAUCUGUCUGGAAUAUGACUUCAGGAAGGUGCCAGGCGAGUACACUGAGUACUCGAUCAAAUCGUUUCCCAUCGACGAGAGCAACGUCAAGCUGAAGGCUGAGCUGCUGCUGGAGCAGUACGGUCGCCAGGGGUCGCUGGUCCCUCACAACGUCGUCCUCAUCCCCAUUGGCGACGACUUCAGGUACGACCACGCGACCGAGUGGGACCAGCAGUACACCAACUACCAAAUGCUCGCUGACCACAUCAACAGCAACCCCAGCAAGUACCACGCGACCAUCGAGUGGGGUACUGUCAAGGACUACUUCAAAGAGGUUAAAGCUCGCAUGAAAGACUUCCCGACUUUGCAAGGCGACUUCUUCGUGUACAGCGAUAUCUUCACUGAAGGACGCCCCGCGUACUGGAGCGGCUACUACACAACCAGGCCUUUCUUCAAGCUCCUGGACCGGCAGCUGCAAGCUGUCCUGAGGUCCGCAGAGAUCCUCUACACGUGGGCGUGGGCGAGAGCCGCUGAGGUUGGCAUCACCGCUGUUGCUCAGCUGCUAGAGAAGGAUUACGAGAAGCUCGUGAAGGCGAGAGAGAAUCUCGCUCUCUUCCAGCAUCAUGACGGCAUUACUGGUACCUCUAAAGCCAUCGUGAUGCGCGACUAUGCCGUAAAACUUUUCCUUAGCUACCACGACUCCAUUGCCGUGUCGGCUCGCUGUGCUGAGUUCCUUCUUAUGACACGCGGUAUUUUGUCAUCGCUUCAGCGGGAGUCCAAUUUUCUGGAGCACCUGCAGCCUGAUUUUGAACGUCCUUCUUAUGAUAGUUGGCCCAACAAAAUACCAAUCAUAACCGACAAGCAAAUGCGACAGAUAGUGAUUUUUAAUUCGCUGGCUCAACAAAGGAUCGAACUUGUUAAGAUUCUCGUGACAUCGACUAAUUUUCGACUCACUGAUGAGCAUGGCCAUGAUGUUCUCUUCCAAAUCAAUCCGGUGUGGAAUGAUACAGGUAAUGGACUUCUUAUGCUCACCAAACAGUUCGAAGUAUUUUUUAUGGCUGACCUUCCCCCUCUUAGUCUCGCCACGUACACCAUUCAUCAUUCUCUCACGGCGGAUGCUGACAAGCGCAAAGCCAUCAUUUUUUCGAAUUACUAUGCACCUUCCCCUCCUAUAGGAUACAAAGCGCCCUUUGACGCGCGAGAUGUGCUACCUGGGGACAUUCAGAUUGACAGCGACUGCUUGAAACUAUUAUUUGAUGGAUCCACAGGAAUGCUGCGUUCCGUAACCAAUAAGAAGACAGGAAAAGUAACUCAGACAGCAUUCAAAUUCGCAGCUUACCCUUCUGCCCAGUUCAAGUCUGGAGCUUAUUUGUUCCAGCCUGACCCGAACGCCAGGGAUCCAGAAGAGGACGUGCUGGCUGGGGCCCGGCCACGUAUUUUCAUUCAUUCCGGUCCGGUCGCCUCAGAGUUGACGGUCAUGUUCGGUGCAGCGCUCAUGCACACUACUCGCAUAUUCCAUACUAGUCAAGAACCCCUCCAGUCAGCCAUUUACAUCGAAAAUAUCUUCAACUUUGCCAGUCACUACAACAGCACUGAGACACCUGGCUUCCCUCCCAACUACAGAGAGACGGAGCUCUUUAUGAGGAUCAGUACUGACAUCGACAACGGAGCGAACCCCGUCUUCUACUCAGACCAGAGUGGCUUGCACAUGCAGAAGAGAGUUAAGGUCGAGAAGAUUGGUAUUCAGGGGAACUACUUCCCCAUCACCACGGCCGCCUUCAUCGAGGACGAGGCCCCUGUGGAUGGUCCCCGUAGAAUGACGCUUCUAACCGACCACGGCCAAGGUGCUGCCUCGUGGCAGCAGGGCUGGCUGGAGGUCAUGGUUGAGCGAAGAACCAACUACGAUGACGCUCGUGGCAUGGGCGAAGGCGUCACUGACCAAAAGAGGACGAUGGGCCGACACUGGCUGCUGAUCGAGGACCUAGAGUCGGAACGAGGAGGCGAUGAAGUGGCUCGAUUGUCCGUCGGAGCUCACUAUCUCUCCAAUGCACUCAACUAUCCCGUUGAUUUGUACGUUGCGGAUGGUCUGGAAUCGCACAUGCUGAAUGCCGGGGCCCACUUCAUCUCCCGGCCGCUACCGUGUUCUCUUCAUUUAUUGGGCAUGAAAAUCUUGCCCGUUCCUCAGUACCCUGGGCUGAUGCCUUCCAUGCGAGCCCUCAUGCACAUCCACAAUCAGAGUCCUGCGUGCUCGGUGCGGUCAUCGAUUCACGCCUGCUCAGGGCUGCAGGACUCACCGCCCCAGGGCACCGAGCUCACCAUCGGCGUCAAGUCCAUGCAGAAGUCGGACCUCACAGGCACGCGCUUGAAUGAGGAGGUCGACAGUCUUUCCAAGCUACGCAUUCCUCACCACCAAAUCCGUACUUUAGUUCUUACCCUCAAAGACUCCAGCUACCGCGGUGAUGGCUCUUAAAGUAACCUCUUGGUUAUGUGCGCCAUUCCCUUAAGUCAUGUAAUGUAAUUUGAAUACGGUAAUGUAUUUUGUGCAGAGAAGCAAGAUUUUUUGUUAAAUAAACCUACGUGUGUGCAGAAAAGAAAUGUGUGCCGAUAUCGAGCUUAUAUUUGAAUCCUAAUGCGCGUUUAGGAGCGAACUUUUCCGUGACAAAUUGUAGCUUUCAUUUGUUUAUCCUCAUUAUUUUAAUAAAAAAAGGGCUCGUGUUCACUAAGUCGAGCCUAAAGUUUCAAAAUGUACUUAAAAUAUCCCAUUGAAUAACAUUGAUCCGUUGUGAUUUGCAUUGUCAUUGUCUUAUCUUAACUAUGAUGACUCGUGACCACCAUUCAUGCUUGCAACGUAAACAGGUCAGGGUAAACAACUAUAUUCCCGCUGAGAUAAAAUACGUAGACAAAUGUUUUUUGCAUCAUCUUACAGGAACAUCGUAAAUAACACGUCGUGCUUACUAUAGUUUAGACAAAUUAGAAGAAAUAUAUAACGAAUUUCGGCAUAUGUAUAUCGUACACAUUUAUUUAGUUAUCAUAUUAAAAAUACAAUCUUUGUUUUUAUUACUAAGCCGCGUGGGAUUUAUAAUUUUUCGCUCCAAAAAACUCAUUAUUAUCUUUCAUAUUGAUAUAUUUUUUAACUUCGCUCGCAAAGCUACAGCCAUGCAUAUGUUUCUAAAUAUUUUUAUAACCAUCUGCCUGUAACUUCUCAAUAAUUAAUAUGUUUUUUUUUAUUCACCAAAAUAGCAAUAUUUUGCUAAAUGAAAUCUUGCUAAGCUAUUCCUCUUAAGUCACUCAUUGCAGCAAGAGAAGGUGGCCGUGUACCGUCAGGCCAUGACGAGCCUUACAGCGUCACAUGGUGAUGAGAAGAUCUAAUUUCUGUUGAAUGUGACGAGAAGAUAAUACGUACGUUGAUUGUUGCAAUACAUCGUAUGAAAGUUUCUGAGCUUGGAAGUGCAUAACUUGAAUGGUUUGCAGUACGAUUUAUCUGAGCUUUUCUACUGAUGAUGCGAAAGAAAUUGAACCCAUUACAUUUGCUAUAUCUAAAGUCCCAAGAUUUCUACUUCAUUAUUGAGAUUAAAAUCUUAUUGUUAGGUGAGUGGAAAUAUGCAUUUAAAUUUUUCUUCAGUUUUAUUUAAAGUAAUUGGCAUUUUCAAAUCUAUGCACGCUUUUCAGUCGCAAUAAGACCUCAUUCAAAGAUAAGAUACAAGUUACGGCCGAACUUCCUGCGUCAGAAUAACUAAAAACUUUUAGCUGUUGAAUUUACUCAUCACUCCUCAGGGCAUCAAAUUAUAAAAUGUGGCCGAUAUCAGCCUGUCAGCUUUAUGAAUAUAACAAGUCUUAUCUUGACGCACAAUUAUUUCCUGAGAAUCUCAUUGAAAUUGAAUGUCCUUUAACUUAGCGCUCAGACUCGUAGGUGUGAUGUUCAUCACCAUCGACGAUAACCUAAUUGAUAAUCCUCCUGAAGAUCUUCCAUCCUGUAUAGUAAAUACUCGUAUAUCAGGUACGUAAGUGCACUGCGUAGCUAUCUCGGAAUACAUUUAAAUUUAUAGUUAGAGAGACUAAUAUUUACUGCGCUUUAAUGCAAGUCUCAUCCCGCUAGCAGAGUUAUUAAUUUUGGCUUCAUUGCGCCGUCAUGCUCGGCUGUGUCAACAUUACAGACCAAGAGCAAAGCUCCACCUGCACCGCCCGUGCAGCUUCUUGCAUUAAUUAAACCGGCUUCCUCUAACUGCGGUCGGUCUUGAAAUUUAUUUCCUCAUUGAGUACAGCAAAAUAAUUAUGAAUCUGUUUUCUGCUCGUGUUGCUACCCUCUUCCAGUAGUCAAUUUCGACCCCUACCUGAAUCACACGUGAUUUUAAACCCGUACGUUAGGACAUCUCAUAUACUCGUUGAUCAUGACUGUCAUCAUAUUGAUGACGUCAUUGUAGUUACAGUUAGACCUUAAGUGACUAAUUGAAGGAUCAAAAAUCGUGGAUAAUUACUAGUGUAUUGCAUUACGCCUCUUCAUGCGUCUGCGUGCAGAAGCCAUGGCCAAAGAAGGUUGAGAUUUACUGUUUCACGUGGCAGUUGUGAAGGAGCGAAGCCUGAUUAUUUAUUGUAAGAAAAUAUAAUCUUAACUUGCUUUCAUGUCAUUGUAAUGAAUUUAUAAUGCCUGCAAAGCGAGUGGAAAGUUUUUUGAGCUACAGUAACUUGGUUGUAGCUCAUCUUGUAUAACUCUGUCACAGUGUGUGUGUGUUUGAAGUUUGGCACCGUAAAUAUACAAGAGCCAGUCGAGCGCGUAUUAAUGAUACAUGUCGUGUCGGGAUAUUAUAUUUUCAUGGAUUUUAUUUUCAGUAGAGAACCAUGAGGUAUUGCUUGAUGAUUAAUAUUCGCAUAAAUAAUAAUAAAUGAAGAUUUAAGCAAAGUUCAUUUCUAUCAAAUUGUCACCCAGUGUUCCUUUAGAUAAUCUCAAUAUUUUUGCCCAAUUUCGCACUAUCAACGCGAUUUGAUUUUGUUAUUGCUUUGAAUCGAUAACUUUCAAUUAUAAAUUCUUCCAAGUUGUACGUAGAUGCGGAAAAAUAUGUCAUAUUUUCUUCUGCGAAAAUGCAUAUUCUUUAGUGAAAACCUCAUUGAAGAACGACUUCGCCCCAUAACCGAUUUUUGUGAAUUCGUUGAGAUUUUAAAGAAAUUUGUGGUAGAAGUUCUAAAGCUUACCCUAGCAAUUGAAUAUAAGAUGCAAUAAGAACAAUUUUCCGAAUUCAGCAUGAAUUUACUUUUCAAUCAACUCUCCCUGAAACUCUGUGUCACACGCGUGUCUACUUUCUUAUCCACCAGAAUUAGUCGCUUUUCAUAAACAUUGGAAUUUGUUUAUUAAUUGCGUCCUUUUUCUACUCAAGUCGUGUCAGAGUUCAGGAAGAUAACGGAACUGCUUUUCCAUAAAUUCAUCAAUUCUUUCUUAUAAAUUUUUAACGUGGGUUUAUUUCUGGAUGAAGAGAGUGCCGUUGACGCGGAUGGACCUUGAAAUCAACUAUACUUGCAUUUGUCAGAUCAAUUAGAUACGACGAAAAAUGUGUGUAGUCAAAACAUCAUUGCACUUUUAUGCUCACGCUCAGCACUGAAUAGUAUGCUGGGCUGGACAUAUCAAGUCGUUCGUAUUUCUGGUCCUCUCGUCUCCUGUUGUAUGGUUAACUUUCGCACUGCUUUGCGUACGUAAUGGUACUGAGCUCCACUACUGAGCGCUGCGACAGUUCUCAGUGUUAUGCAUCUACCGAUAUUUUGGUAGAACUUUUUCUUGAACUGUCGUGUACGUGGGGACAGUUUUUGCACUUGUGUUCACUAUGCAUUUGCUUCCGUAUUGUUUUUGCACAAGCUGUUGACAAUGAAGCACAUGAUGCAGUAUUUUUUCAUCGAAGAUUGUCCUGUGCACUUCUUUGAUUGUCACUAUAAUUGUAGUUAUGCGAGCCUCGCGCCUAACAUUGGCUCAAAUCUCUGGCAGUUCACCAAAGCAUAGAUACUAAGACGAUUCCAUGCUCAUUUAACGAGCGGUAAAUUCACUAAAACGCUUGUGCUCGGCGGUUCCAAUUAAGACAGACAUGACUUACUUUGGGAUAUUUUUGUUUGUUGUUUGAAACAGAAUUGUGUUCGUGUACGAGAUGAUGAUAGGUUUGGGACUUUGUAUUCCAAUAGCUAUUUUGUUGCUUGAUAAUUAUGAAGUAUUGAUUAUUAUCUAAGAAAACCGUAGCUUCAUGUGUCGAGGACAUAAUCUUUGCUUUUUACGCCACUUCUCUCCCGAUUCUACUUGUGUUCAAUUUUACUGACAUUGAGCUGGCAAAACGACCCUGGGCUGGCGAAAGAACUAAAGUAACCAGCCGUCUUUAUUUGCAGGACUUUUAUACUUCCUUUUAGGAGCGACCGCUCCUUGAUGCCCUGCUCGAAUCCAAUGAUCCCAUUUGCUUAUCUGAAAAAACAUUUAUUUAUGCGGGUAAACCUGUGAAUACGCAUUCCUAUUAAUUUUUAAAGCGAGUGUUUUCAUCUGGUAAGAGUAUUUGCAUCGAAAUAUUCUUGAUGUGGUUUCGCUUAAACCUAAAAUAAGCAUAAUGUUACAUGUACAUAAGAACACUUCCCUAUAUUUUGUAUAUAGCACCCAGGUAAAUAUUACUUAGCUCUCAUUGUAAUGUUGUAGUGCCGGUGUUACAAUUAUGCAAUUAUGUUAACUAUAUCAAACAAUUUACCUCUUAGUUAAAAUAUCCAACGUUCAAACUCCAUUGUCGUCCGACUGCAACCACGCCAUUGUUAAAAAAAAGGACAAACUUGUGGAUACAGGAUACGUGAUGCCUCAUUGGCUUCUUUUGAAUCUACAAGUUAGUCAUCAAAAUCUUAAUCGUAAAUGCGAAAAAAAUUAUAUUAUCCAGGAUGGAAACAAAAUAGCAUAAAUCUUAUGUUUCAUGGUUUUGUGUUGUAAUAAUACAAGCAACAGACCAAUUCUCUGAACAAUAGUAAGCUCGAGAAAAUGAUUUCAAUUCUAAUCUUUUAAGGCACGUGUAAAGACUUAAUCCUCACGUGUGAUUGUCAGGAUCCUCACGCUUUGUAUUCAUGACAUUGACUUCGAUGUUCGUAAGUACUUUCGACUGAACGCGACGAAUUUCGGUUAAAAUAUCAGUUAUUAGCAAUAUAUUAAUCUGACAAGUUGCCUAUAAAGUUUGAAACGUUAUUUAACUAUUGUCAAGCUGAGCGCUCUUGUUCCUUUGUGUGCGACACGUAGAACAUGCCAUGGUUAAAUGAGUUUUGCUCGGGCUCAUGGAUUAUCAACCGAAGUUGACAUCGAAUCACUUGUGAUAAUGCAGCCUAUGGAGACAAAUAGCAUCCAAACGGUCUAAUGUCAAGUGAUGCUGAAAUAUUGUGGGACGUCCAGGUCAGCGUAUUCAUAUCAAUUGAGAGAUUCUUUUACAAUUGUAAUUAAAUCAAGUCGCUUUGGAAGCUGUAAAACUUCUGUAUAAUUAGUUGACACUCAAGUGACACUUGCGUCUUGCUCGCAUGUGUCACACAUGGCACCUUUGUCAUGAAUACGGUGACUGAUUUUGUUUAUUGAGUUAGCGAACGGCUUGUCAAUCAUACAACUAUUUGUUAUUCAUCUAGUUUCACCUGCAGUCGAAAGCUUUCACAUUGUUUUUCUUUUCAGGUUUGUAAUUUUUGCAAUAAAAAGAAGACUAU